AUGGAAAGCCAUCCAGGGGCGACGGCGGACGCGGCCGGCCUGCUCACCGACGACCUCAUUCUGGAGAUCUUCGCCCGCCUCCCGGCCAGCUCCGUCCACCGUUUCAAGUGCGUCUCGGUGCUCUGGCGUGACCUCAUCGCCGACCCCACCAACCGCAAGAAGCUGCCCCAGGAACUCGCUGGCUUCAUCUACUUCACCACCGACGACAGCGGUCAUCACCACCACUUCGCCAGCGUCUCCGGCGGGGCACCCCCGUUCGACCCUUGCCUCCCUUACCUGCAACCUGACAAGUACAAGGACAUGACCCAGGUGGACGCCUGCAAUGGCCUCCUUCUCUACCGCCACUACAACAGCAAGGAUGAUUCCCAUUUGGUCGUGUGCAAUCCCGCCACUGGGAGGUGCGUGGAGCUGCCCCCUCAACCUAAACCUCAACCGCCGGAGCUGGCAAAAAGGUAUAGCUGUACCACAGGUCUGGUUUUCGACCCGGCGGUCUCGUCCCAUUUCCACGUUCUUCAUUUCGACCACGCCUAUCUGGAAACUUACGUCACUGGAGUGAACAUCUACUCCUCCCGGACAGGAGCAUGGAUUCACAGAAAUAGUGGGAUGACUAAGAAAGAAGUUACGCUGUUUUUCGGAAGUAGAUGCGUCUUUGUUGGGGGCGUGCUCUACGUGAUGGGAAACCUUAAUUACAUCGACGAUUAUGUGUUGCUGGGGGUAGACAUGGAGGGGAAAGCGUGGAAGACCAUCACUGUGCCGUACGGCCGUGGAUUUGGUACGAUUGGAUCAUCUCAGGGAUGCUUACACUAUGCUAUAGCUUUCCCCGAAGAUAACAAGCAAAUCUCUAGGAUAGAACUUUGGUGCCUCCAGGAUUGUGAUAGUAAAGAAUUGGUCCUAAAGCAUACUUCCAGAUACAGUGAGCUUAUGAGCAUGACUGGGAAGAAGCACAGUGUGGUUGGGAUUCAUCCAGAUUGUGACACAAUUUUCCUGCUUUCACGUGGAUGUGGUGAUACCUUGGUAGCGUACGACAUGCGACAUAAGAAAGUUGGAUGUAUAUUUAAUCUUGAGAAAAAUAGUACAAAACGAUUUCUAGCUUAUGUUCCUCUAUUCUCAGAGUCACUAGCAGAUGCAUAUGGGCAGUAG